AUGAAGAAUUUGAUAAUAACGAAGCAGAAAAACAAAGUUGGAGAGCAUUAUUUUAGGUGGUUGGACAAGGAGACAUGUACAAGAGGGAAGAAUGUGGUGCUUGGUCUGCUUAGAAGAAUAAGAAUUAUGGAAACUGAAAUGAGGGAGACAGAAGAGAGAAAAAGUGUUGUGGUCAACACACUUCAAUCCUUAGAAGCUCGAAACUUGGAAAUGGAGGGCAUAAUUGAAGAAAAUAAGAAGGAGUUGGAUUAUGCAGUCAGAGACAACAGAAGGCUUAGACUUUUGCUGGAAGACAAUAUGAUGAAGCAUUGA